AGAGAGAGAGAGAGAGAGAGAGAGAGGACAGACUCAUAAGCAAGCGGGUGGUAAGAGUUAAAGUGUAAUAAGCUGCAUAAGUGAAGCCAAACCCGUGCUUUGGGGACCUAAGAGCAGAAAGCAGGGAGUGCCUCUCCAUCUUGCUGGAAAAAUUCACUUGCUGAGUGCAAUCCCACCAGCCAAUCACUGCCAGUGUGAUGUUCCUUAACUGUUGCUCUGCUUCUGUGGGAAGUCAGAGCUGUAGCUUUUAAUGAAGACAGCCCAAUCCCCAGAGGCUAAAGAUCAUGCCAUCAUUUUGUUCUCAUGUAUAUUAAAGCUCUGUGAGCCUUCAGUAAAUAUUAAGCAGCAGCAGGACGUCCCUCCUGCCUCACAGCCUUGAGCUGAGGCUGGGAGACCGGUUCAUCCGGCCUCCAGCCCGUCUGCUUCUUAGAAUCUCCAGAAAAAAACUCUCUGCGGUUCGGGCGACUGUCUUCCUAGAUAAGAAGUGGACCCAAGGAGGACGGGAGGGUGGCUUCAGGGUCCACACUCAUGAGAACUGACACCAGUCUGUAGGUUACUGCCAGGAGACCGGCGACUAGAAACAGACUCCCAGGACACUGCAUGGAGAGACUGGAUUCCUAAAGCAACAGGCAGAGGAGAACAACUGGACCACUUGGGUUGCCUCCAAGACCUGCGGAGGAGCCAUGGGGGUGUUGAUGUCCAAGCGGCAGACAGUAGAGCAGGUGCAGAAGGUGAGCCUGGCUGUGUCAGCCUUCAAGGAUGGGCUACGGGACAGGCCUUCCAUUAGACGUGGGGGUGAGCUACCAGGGUCCCGCCGUGGCACUGUGGAGGGCUCUGUUCAGGAAGUACAGGAGGAGAAGGAAGCAGAGGCAAGUGCCCCCGUGGUCCAGGAAGAGAGCAGCAUCAACCGUGCAGCCUGGGAGCGGCUCCGAGAUGGGCGUGGAGUUGAGCCUGAGGAGUUUGACCGGACCAGUCGAUUCACACCCCCUGCCUUCAUCCGCCCCACCCGGAAGCUGGACGAUGACAAACCUCCAGAUAUCUGCUUGGAGCCCCGGGAGUCUGUUGUCAACGAUGAGAUGUGUGAUAUCUGUGAAGUCUGGACCGCUGAGAGCCUCUUCCCGUGCAGAGUCUGCACCAGGGUUUUCCACGAUGGCUGCCUGCGCCGCAUGGGCUACCUCCAAGGGGACAGUGCCGUGGAGGUGACCGAGAUGGCCCACACCGAGACAGGCUGGAGCUGCUACUACUGUGACAACCUCAACCUGCUGCUUACUGAGGAGGAGAUGUACAGCCUCACGGAGACCUUUCAGCGGUGCAAAGUCAUCCCUGAUUGCUCCCUGACCCUGGAGGACUUCGUGCGCUACCGACACCAAGCAGCAAAGCGAGGAGACAGCACCAGGGCCCUGACUGAUGAGCAAGAGGAGCAGGCGGCCCGCCAGUUUGCAGCCUUGGACCCUGAACACCGGGGCCACGUAGAGUGGCCUGACUUCUUGUCCCACGAGUCCCUUCUGUUGCUGCAGCAGCUGCGUCCCCAGAACUCUCUACUGAGGCUUCUUACCGUCAAGGAGAGGGAGCGAGCUCGAGCCACCUUCCUGGCACGGGGCAGAGGGAACACCAUCAGUGAGGCAGAGUGCCACCAAGCCCGACACUCUUGGUUCUGCAAGCGCCUAGCAGAGGCUCCUUCCUGCAGCGUCAGCAUCAGCCAUGUGGGUCCUAUAGCAGACAGCAGCCCGGCCGGCAGCAGUAGCAAAAGUCAGGAGAAGGCCCUGCUGCCCACAGAGCAGGAGUCCAGAUUUGUGGAUUGGCCCACCUUCCUGAGAGAGAAUGUCAUCUACAUCUUGGCUGCUCGUCCUAACAGUGGAGCGAUUCACCUGAAGCCCCCAGGAUAGGUGGGACAGAGAAGCUCAGUUCUGGGACGGUGGCAUCCUCUCUCUCCUUUCCUUUCUUUUUCCUUUACCAACCUCUGGCACUGAGACUCAUGGGAAUGGGACACUGCCAACAUCUUAAUUUGUCAUUAAGCUUUAUGGCACGGAAGCCACCGUUCCCCUCACAACAGAGGCAGUAUGUGUGUUGCCACACUGAGAAGCCCUGAGCGCCGUGGCAUUACCUGCUACUGGACCACCUCCUGCCCUCACGUCAUAAAACUACCUGCCACCUCAUGCAUACAUAUGUGCACAUGCACAUACAGCCACAUACAUGCCUAGAUAGCCAUGCCUUCAAACUCCUGGUUCUUUCUUUGAUGAAAAAGGACCAAAACCCCUGUGUUGAGCUCCCCUGGUAUAGAUAAGAGGGUCUCUUCUCGCUCCUUUCAUUGGCCAGUUCUGAUUCCCAAGAGAAAGAAGGGGACAGAUUAAAUUCACUUCCCCUCCAGGAGACGCUGAGAGGCCCACUGCCCACAUGGAAACCCCCUUCAGUGAUGACCACUGUUACUCGUAAGUGUCUGUAUGUCCCUCAGGUGUGCCGUGGUGGGAGAACAGUUCAAAGCCAUCCCAAAGAGUUUGUGUUUAAAUUCUGAGUCCUCGUGAUAGAGAAGGAAACUAGCUUGUGCAUUUCUGCCUGGAGAAAGUGGAGACAGUCUCUCCCAGAGUCCCAGGAUUCUAGGAACUUUUCAACCAGCUCGCCCAACUUCACAAGUCCUUAGCAGAACAGGAAAGCCAAGGUGAGACUCCUGUCCUAUUUGUCAAGUGGUAUCACAUGGUCCGAAGCUCUAGGGACCCAUGAGGAACAGAUCCACUGGCAGGAAUGGCUCUGUGUGAGAUGCUGUAGCCUAGGUGGCGGCCUUGGAGGCCAACGAGGAUGCAGAGAAGAAAAGCAAGCUGGGUCUUCCCUGCUUUUCAGCCCAACGCAACCCCAGACAUAGAAAUAUGGCAUUACAUGGAGGGCAAGUCAGCCUCUCACAGAGCCCAGAGGAGCUCUGCAGAAUGCCUGCUCAGUUGUGCUUUUUCAGAAGGGACAACAAAGGCUUGAGAAGAUUUGUACCUCAACUGUCAAGAAGUCAGCGUCAGAAGGGGGACGGUAUGUUCUUCUCCCGUUGCCCCAGUUGAGUUGCUGCUUCUCCCUGCUGCUCACGCCAAGUCUUCCCCUCUGUGCUAGGAGAUGGAGCUAGCCUGAGAGGACCUUGUGGACACGUGGAGAGCGCCAUGAGUGUAGCAAGCUUGCCCUACAAGCUUUGCUCCACCCCAUCCACCCAGUUCUGAAGCUCUCAAGUCAGUCCAUGGCGUGGGUCAGCCCUAAGACCUAGGGCCCCAGGUUCUGGAUCUCUAUACUGUCAACCACAUGACUUAGGGACGGCCAGUUCUGACAACUAGCCCUUCAAGAGAGAACUGAGGCAAGUCACGCAGAAAGAGGCUCGAACUGUCCGCAUGGCUGAAAGCACGUGUACUAAAGUGGAUGGUUACGAGAGAAGGAGCACACGCGCUGCUCGGUGCCGAGAGGCUCAGAUGCCAUGGGCGUCUCCAGACAAGCCUUGCUAAGAGCCCUGCAUGCUCUCCUUCUAUGGGACCUGCCUGACCUAGAAACAGGGUGGUAUCCGGCUAGAGUCAGAGUGUACGGACUGAAACGGAGCAGGCGGGAUACAUGCGGGUUUGAUUUUGAAACUUAUGGCUUUAAAAAAACUAUUACUUAAAGCUGGGCGCGGUGGUGCAUACCCUUAAUCCCAGCACUUGAGGGACAGAGGCAGGUGGAUCUCUGUGAGUCGAAGGCCAGACUAGUCUGAAUAGCAAGUUCUAGGCCAGCCAGGAUUACACAAGUAAGACUUGGUCUCAAAGACAACAGUGAAAACAACGCGGCCGUGUUCCCAGGACUGAUCAGUGAGGUGGCCCGUUAUUGAAUCGAGUUGAAGACAAAGCACAAACUUGCUGGGUUCAAGGACUGCAUCUGUAGCAGCCAGCCCUGGGGUUUUCCAUUGAGAAGAUUAAAGCAUGUUAAAUUCAGGG